AUCAUCCAUUUUUCCCUUCAUCUCUCUCUCUCUCUCUGUCUCUCUACUCUAUCUCUCUCUCUCGCUCUCUCAGCUCAAUAUUCCUUUCCAGAGAAUCUCAAGAAUUUUCCGAGAAAACCCAGUCCCUGACCCAAACCCAGAUCCGAAAGAUCCCCUUGGAAGCUACCUCCACAGUUUUUUGGACGUGCAAAUCGUAAGCAGAUUAAGAUUCCUCUGCCAACUACAAAAGUCCCAGUCCCAUUCUUUUCAUCUCAACAAUAAUCUCUACCCACGAUAAAUUUCACAGGAAAAAUAACCUUUUUUUUCUCUCGCUCUCUUUUCUUUCACAUUCUUUUUCUCAUCCCGAUUUUCCCAAUAAAAAAAGACCCACUUUUGAUGACCCUAUAGCUCGGGUUUAUUUCCGUGAGUAAGGGGUUUUCCGAAGAUUUUAUUUUUAUUUUUAUUUUUAUUUUUAUUUUGUAUUGUAGUUGUAAGCUAGAGAUAUAUCUACACGUAUUGUAUAGAUUUCUUCUUUUAUUUUUUUCCAGAUUUUUGGGCAAAGUUUGUAUUUUUGAACUUGGUUGUUGAUGUAUAGAAAAGGGUUUUGGGAUCAUUUUGUUUGUGUUUUGAUUUGAUGGAUCUGAGAGUGGAUUGGAAUCGAAGAUCUGUCGGCGGUGAGCUUUUUGGAUGAGCAAAAAGCUCUGUGAUCAUUGUGGUAUUGGAUUGGAUUGUAGGCUAAGAGGCUGAAGGGGCUGAGCUUGUUGGUUUUGUAUUCUUUUGAUUUGGAGUUGGAUCAUGGAGUGUGUGAUUGGUGGGAAGUUUAAGCUCGGUCGGAAGAUCGGUAGCGGAUCAUUUGGCGAACUCUAUUUGGGGGUUAAUGUUCAAAGUGGAGAGGAAGUGGCUGUCAAGCUGGAAUCUGUGAAGACCAAGCACCCUCAGCUUCAUUAUGAGUCAAAGUUAUACAUGCUUCUACAAGGAGGGACGGGUAUCCCCCAUCUGAAAUGGUUUGGUGUUGAGGGCGAGUACAAUGUUAUGGUUAUUGACCUUUUAGGGCCAAGCCUAGAAGACUUGUUCAACUAUUGCAAUCGAAAGUUUUCUUUAAAAACAGUUUUGAUGCUUGCAGAUCAGUUAAUAAACAGAGUUGAGUAUAUGCAUUCACGGGGUUUUCUUCACCGUGAUAUAAAGCCUGAUAACUUUUUAAUGGGUUUAGGGCGCAAAGCUAAUCAGGUAUAUAUAAUUGAUUAUGGUCUGGCAAAAAAGUAUAGGGAUCUUCAAACACACAAGCACAUACCAUACAGAGAAAACAAAAAUCUCACAGGAACAGCACGAUAUGCAAGUGUUAAUACUCACCUUGGAGUUGAACAAAGCAGAAGGGAUGAUCUUGAGUCUCUUGGUUUUGUGCUUAUGUAUUUUCUGAGGGGAAGCCUUCCCUGGCAAGGCUUAAAAGCAGGCACUAAGAAGCAGAAGUAUGACAAGAUCAGUGAAAAGAAGAUGCUUACUCCUAUAGAGGUCCUUUGCAAAUCGUAUCCAUCAGAGUUCACGUCAUACUUCCAUUACUGCCGAUCAUUACGGUUUGAAGACAAACCGGAUUAUUCGUAUCUGAAGAGGCUUUUCCGUGAUCUAUUUAUCCGAGAAGGUUAUCAGUUUGACUAUGUAUUUGAUUGGACUAUAUUGAAGUAUCCUCAAAUUGGCUCCAGUUCUAGAGCUCGACCAAGUGGGAAACCAGCAUUAAACCCUGGAACAUCUGCUGAAAAAAUAGAAAGGCCUUCAGUGGGACAAGAGAUUCGAGAAAGGUUCUCUGGUGCUGUUGAGGCAUUUUCUAGAAGGAAUGGCUCAGGGCAUGGUUUGCAUGGUGAUCACUCCAGGCACAGAUCUUCAGAUGAUGUGCCAUCUUCUAAGGACGUGCAACCUGAUUAUGAAAGGGGACGCAGUUCUCGUAAUGGCAGUACUUCAAAGAGGCCUGUAAUUUCAAGCAGCCGGCCAAGCUCCUCUGGUGAGCCUAGUGAGAAUCGAUCAAGCCGGCUAAUCUCAGGCAGUGGUCGGCUGUCCACAGCCCAGAGGAUUCAACCUGGGUUUGAAUCCAAAACAGCAUCUUUUGGCCGUACUGCAGCCACGAGAGGUGGUCGUGAUGAUACACUUCGAAGCUUUGAGCUCCUGUCAAUCGGCACAGGAAAGAGGAAAUAAACUGGUAAGAAGUGCUUGUGUCAAGGCUCAAGCCGUCCUUUUGCAGUUUGUCAUGAUCAUGUCAGCAAUAUUAUGGUUUGCCCCAGUUACUUUGUAAAUGUGUAUCAAUUGUUGGGUUCAAUUCACAGCUAAUGCUCCCACGUCCAGACUUUCAGUGGUUUCUCGCCGUUAUAAUGCCCCUUGAGACUCGUCCAAGAAAGAGAGAAAUUAUCUCACUUUACGAAAUUGUUCAUAUAAUGGAGACCCUUGUAGUUGUAAUAAGUACUGUUAUAUCUUUCCGAGGGUAAAAAAAGAAAAGCUUGCUUCACGACUAA